AUGACUGGAGCUGGAACUGGAGCAGGAACCGAGACUGGUGCUGCAACAGAGACUGGAGCAGCUGGAGCUGGACUGACGGCAGCGACAAGUUCCUCUUCUACUGCUGCUGCUGCAUCGUCGCUGGCCAAGACGCACACAUACACCUUCCGCAAUACGGACUUUGUGGUGUCGGACAAGUACAUGCUGCAGAAGGAUCUGGGCGCAGGGUCGUACGGCGUGGUCUGCUGGGGCUACAACCGCGACACGAACGAGAAGGUCGCCAUCAAGAAGAUUUCGCGCGCGUUCGACAACGCAACCCAAGCGAGGCGCGUGCUGCGGGAGGUCCGCUUGCUGAGGCACUUUCGAGAUCACGACAACAUUGUCAAGCUGCGCGAGCUGCUCGAUUUCGACGCGGCAGCCAUCGCAUCCACCUCCACCACCAGUACUUCGGCUGCACCAGCACUUUCGUUGUCAACAGCAGCACAACCCGAAGGCCCAGCGUCGUCGUCCAAUGCGAGCUCAAACCCAUCAAACAAUCUGCCAGGUCCGCCAGCUGGCACGCCGGACGUCUACAUGGUGCUCGAGUUUAUGGACACGGACCUGCACAACAUUAUUCGAUCGUCGCAGCCGUUGAGCGACGACCACGUGCGCUACUUUAUGUACCAGCUCCUGCGCGGGUUAAAGUACAUUCACUCGGCCGGGGUGCUCCAUCGCGAUCUCAAGCCGUCCAAUUUGCUCGUCAAUGCCGAGUGCGACAUCAAAAUUUGCGACUUUGGCAUGGCAAGAGGCGUCUCGGCCACGCCGGAGGAGCACUCCAUGUUCAUGACGAGCUACGUGGCCACGAGGUGGUACCGCGCUCCCGAAAUCAUGCUGUCCUUUGCUCACUACACCAAGGCAAUCGACGUCUGGUCGGCCGGCUGCAUUUUCGCCGAAAUGCUCGGCCGCCACACGCUCUUCCCCGGCAAGGACUACGUCCAUCAACUCAACCUGAUCAUCGGGCUCGUUGGCACGCCAGAUCGCAAGUUUAUCGAGUCCAGCAUUGGCAGCGAAAAGGUGAAGCGGUACAUGCUCAGCUUCCCAGCGCGCGAGCGUGUCCCGCUCCAGCGUCUGUAUCCCCAGGCCAACCCGCAAGCCCUCGAUCUCCUCGACCGGAUGCUGCAGUUUGACCCGGAAAAGCGCAUUUCAGUGGAGGCUGCACUGGCUCAUCCCUACCUCGCCAUGUACCACUCGGAGAUUGAUGAGCCAGAGUGCGCACCGUUUAACUUUGAUUUCGAACGACUAGAGCUGACCGUGCAGGAUUUGAAGCGCAUGGUUUUAGCAGAGAUUAAGCACUAUCACCCAGAGUCUGGCGUGGAGCGUCUCGGCCUUCCGGCGUCGCCCGCCGCCAUGAGCAGCAGCCUGGACUCGGCCUUGCCGUCGUCAGGUUUGCUUCAAGCGACACCGGCAGUCGGCGCUGGCCAUCCUGCCUCUGGGCCGAUGCAAUCAGACGAUACGGGCAUCGUCGUCGCACCGCCAGACGUGCCAAAGAUUGUCGUGUCUGUCGCGUCAGAACCCAUGACUACUAUUACUGCUGAAGCUCCCGCAGCCAAAGCCAGUGAGCCGGACCGAGUGUUUGCUGCACCAGCACGCGUUUCCAAACGAGCUGCCGCAAUCACAGCCUCCGCAGCAAUAUCCAACGCGACCGGAGCUCACAAGGCUGCCUCGACGUUGUCUCAGCCCGCAGUCUCUGCUGGACCAGCGCUCUCUCCACUGGGCGCUGCAAAGAAGGCUGCACGCGAGGCUCUAUCCCAUCAGCAACAGCUGGAGCAAGCCAUGAACGAACACGGGGCGAUUCCGCAACGGAUGAUGUUUGCGCCGACAAUCACCACCAGCAUGCCCACCCAGCCAUAUCCGGGCGCACCGCCGUUCAUCCCUCAAUCCACCACUACCGCUACCUUCCACUAUUCGUCCACCGCACCGAGCAUGCCUGCAAAGGCAGCAGCAAACACACGUACCGCAACCAUCCCUGCUCCGCCUGGUGCCCAACCAGCAAGCGACGAGGGAGGCGCCCCUCACGACUCUAAUGCACCCCUCAACUCGAAGCAGCUGAUUCAUCGCGCCAUUGCGCUGAAAGCGGCUGCCAAGGCUGCGGCUCUCAAAGCGACAGGGGACUCUGCCGCUGCGCGCGCCGCCGUCAACUUGGCCAUGGCCUCCAGCAACCUUUCGUCGAACAACAGUCCGCAAGCAUUCGUGCAAGCAGCGACGGCAGCCGCGUCCCGACUCGCUGCAGAGGCGCUUGGCGAAACCUCGUACACGAAUGAAGCACUUCGCAAAAAGUACGGGGCAAGCACUACUGGCGGUAGUCAUGCGCCCCCAGCUGGCGUGCACGACUUUGAGCAGUAUGUGCCGGCUCAAAAACGUGUCAAAGUUGCCGAAGCUCCGGCUCCGAAAGCCAACAAGAAAGAAUCAAAGAAGGCUGCGAUUGCUGCUGCCGUGGCCGCCCACGCUGCUGCCGCCGCCACUGCUGCUGCUGCUGCUGCUGCUGCUGCUGCUGCUGUUACCACAGCGGCUGCUACAGAAUCCGUGCCCAUGGUCGUCUCGUCAGCUUCACCAGCCUCCGUCAUGACGUCCGUUCACGAGCCGGUGUACUCGCAGUCGUCCCCAUCAGCCAACCUUUCGAAUGGCACCAACUUUUUCCAAAAUCUUGCUCGCCAGCAGCAACAGCAACAGCAGGAGCAAUCGGAACAACGCAGGCAGUCGAGCAGUGGGUUUCAAUUCCAGCCGCCUGCCAACCCGCCCGUUCAGCCGGCUGAUUCUCAGCACUCUUUGACAUCGCAUCGUCCGAGACUCUUGGUUGCUACGAACGAUUAUGGAGCACAGAAUGCCCCGCUUCCGAGUGCAGAAUUGAUUGGAUCGCUGUACGUGAAAUGCUUGUUGCUGUGGUUUGACUUCCGGGGCGGUUUCCCUUGA